AUUGCGUGUGUUAGAUAAUAAUUUAUGGGAACACCCGGUAGUCUUUGCCGAACACGUCCACCAGUCAACGAGUGGAUAAAACUACUGAAGACUGGUAGUUGGUCGCGGGUUCGCGCCUGGCCAACGGCUGGCUACGUGAAGUUUUCCGGGUUUUCUUCAGGUUAGUAACACCGGAAUAGGGGACAGUUUACCAUAAAAGUCCUCCCGGUAGGCAUCCCCUCAGUAGGUCGCUCGAGUGUCGUAUUUCCGUAUGAAAUAAACAAACACCUGGAGUAUCGUUGCGGCAUCGUGGUUAAAAAUUACAGACAAGCUGUACGAAGCAUUUGCCAGUCGAUGACGUCACAAAAUUGACGCGUAUAGUUAUCAAAUUCAUCCAGUGCCUGGUGGCGCUGGCUGAUUACGACUCUGAACGACGCGUGUGUUGAUGUGAGGCCAUCUGGUGGUGAAAUCGUGCCAGAUCAAUUUAAUAACGACCUCAUAGAAACGAGUGCGAUUAGUAAAGCUAUAGAAGAUACAUUUAUCGAAUUUAUACUAUAAUAUUCCGUAAGAUGGAGUACAGUGAGAGCGAAGUUGUUAAGAAUGUUCAUCGUUAGAUCUGACGAUUUAUGUUGUAAUGCCAUUCGUACCGGUUUCUAAUGUCUCAAAUAUCAUACAGAUAAUUCUUCGUCAUGCUUUUAAAUAAAAUAUUGCGACGAUACGUAAGAUCAUCUGUCUCUCGCUCUUUCUUGAAGCUCGCGGUAUUGAUAAUCUGUGUUAUAUUCUUAUGGAAUGUUUAUAUAUAUUUCAUCGAAUGGAGUUUCUUUUAUACACAUUUUAUGUCUAUGGAAGAUCAAUUGUCGACUUCUUCAUCGUGCGAUAUACCCGUGCCGGAUCCUUUUGAUGAAUCGAUUAUGAAAUACGUAGUAGUAAAAGAGCCUCUAAAAUGUAAAUUCAUUCAACCCGAUCUAACUUACUUAGAUUACGAUGGAGUACUUCAUCUAAAUCAGUCGUCUGUGGCCGGUCAUCAUCUAGAAGAUGAUUUAAGCUGUCGUUAUUCGACUUUCGCGCGGAGUUCCAUUGAUGAUGAUAAUUUAGUUUACGAUCCCGAAAAGGUAUUAUAUGGAGAAGAGAAGAUCCUAGAAGGAAGAGAAUUUGUGGCUGUUAACUGCAGCUAUAAAGGAAAACUUAUAUAUCGAAAUUAUCACGCCUAUGUGCCUAAAAAGAAAACGGGAAUCAAAAUUAAUAACAAUAUGAAUGCCUUCAAACCUCAGGUGUUCAUACUAGUAAUCGAAUCGAUGUCCAGAUUGAAUAUGAUUCGUAAUAUGCCGAAAACCUACUCCUAUCUCACGGAUAACAUGAAAGCUGAGAUUCUAAAAGGAAUGACAAAAGUAGGAGACAAUAGUUUUCCAAAUAUGGUACCAUUUUUAACUGGUCGAAAAGUGGGGAUGUCACAGCAAGAAUUCCCGGGAAAAGAUUGUUCGGGACCGUUUGAUGAUUGGCCAUUUAUUUGGAAGAAUUAUUCCAAGGCAGGGUACGUAACAGCACUAACUGAAGAUAAUCCGGAAUUUACUCUUUUCAAUUAUAUAUCUAAAGGUUUUCUUAAACAGCCCACGGACUUUUAUCCUCGCCCUUUAUGGCUAGGUUUAUUCCAGUCUCCUUUAUUAAAGAUGAGUUCUGAUUUCUGCCUUGGAAGUGUUACAAGUUAUCAGAUUCUUUUCAAUUGGAUAAAAGAAUUCGUCAUCAAGCAUCGCGAAGAACUUUACUUUCUGUUUUCUUUUUACAUCGCCAUCGCACACAAUGACUUUAAUGAAGCCCAAUUACUGGAUAAUGAUGCUUACAAUUUAUUGAAAGACCUUAAUGAAAAAGGAUAUUUUAAAAAUGCCAUCGUCGUUGUUAUGGGGGACCACGGAAGUAGAUUUGGAAAAGCAGCAAUUACUUCGAUUGGUCGAGUAGAAGAACGAAUGCCUUUAUUUUCUAUUACUCUUCCGUCCACUCUCGAAGACCAACAUCCUCAUUUGAGAACGUAUUUAAAGAGAAAUUCGGAUCGCCUGACCACGUGGUUUGAUGUCCAUUCUAUGUUAAUGGAUAUUAUGACGUCGACGUAUAAACCAAUAUCGCCUACUCAUAUUUGGAACAGUAGAGGAUAUAGCCCUUGGAGGAUGAUGAUUCCUACUAAAAGGACUUGCGAAAAAGCGGGGAUUCCAGAAAAUUACUGCGUGUGUGAAAAGGAAAUUAAAAUACCGCCCACUGAUCAGAGGUGUUUGGAAGCGGCCAAUAAAUUGGUGCAGCAUUUGAAUCAGAUUUUGGAACCUGUUAAACUGCUGUGUGCCCAACUUUCAUUAAGAAAUAUUUCCAAAGGAAAGGUAUUAAUGCCAAGUAAAUCGACUGCUUAUAGAAGAGGCUACGCAUUUAACAUUCGUGUCUUAAUUUCUGUGAAACCGAGCGAAGCCAUAUUGGAAGCACUCUUACAGAAGACUGCGUGGUCUACCGAAUUUAAGGUAAUUGGUGACGUCAGUCGACUUAACAAAUACGGUAACCAAUCGUCGUGCAUUCAACACAGGGAACUCAGAAAGUUCUGUUAUUGUAAUAAUCAAUUUACACAUAAAAAGUAAUGAAAAUUUCAAUAUAUUUUCUUUAAGUCGAGUAAUUUAUUAAAUUAAAUUUAUUAUUAUUAUAGUAAUUAAAAUAUUUUUAUUAAAAUAUGAAAUAUUAACG